CCGGGACGUUGCGUUUAAUCGGCGCGUCCAAUAUCUUUCCUCUCCUUUCUUCCGCAUGCCAAUUUUUCUCUCCGCGCUGGGCCAUCAUCGCCACAAUUCGUCCAUCCGUUCUCUCCUUCCUUCGUCUCCCUUUUCUCGUCACGUCCCCUCGCUGCAUUUUCCGCGUCACUCCUCUACGUCGUCGUUAUGCCGACUGUGUCCGAUGUUUGUGCGUGUGCGAGUGCCAGUGGACAAUUAAUCGCUCACGCUCGAUCGCGUUCGCCGACUCGGGAAAAAUCGGAAUUCCGAGCGGAAAUACGAUGCACAAAGAAGCGUAUCGAUUCGAAGGGAAAACCGGUUGCGCCGCCGCUCGUUACCGGUUGUACGCGAUCGUUCCGCGUUUUUACCCGAGUGGUAAACCUUGGAACGGUCGGGAAGUACCCGACCGGUGUGUACGAAGCGUGGAUUAUCCAAUUCCACCCGGUCUCCCUUUCUCCUUUCUCGUGAAACAAUCUACAGCGGUAAUUAGUCCCUUGCCCCUGUGUCGAAGCAAUCUCGUUCCGAAAAUUCGCGAAUCGACAAAAUAAAAUCGUUUAGGCUUUUAAACGCCUCGCGUAAACACAAUUAUUGCCAGUUUAUUGUCAGGGACGAGGACGAGAUUAACGAAGAUCGCGUCCUAGCGCGUAACGACGCGUUAGAGAACCCUUUUGAUUCGCGAGCCGUGCUCGUUAAAUUAAUCAACAAGUCGUUUUUCUUUUUUUCAUAUCGGCGUGGCCACGGAACGGAAGGCAGAGCGGAAGAAAUUAAGAGCUCGCGGAAAAAUUCUUCUCCUUUUCGAAUCGGACCACCCGCCUCGCCUUUCAUUCGCGCCACCCUUUUCACGGCCAUUGAUGCGCUCUUUCCUCUCGUACUCCGCUUUGUACUCCGGCCAGCCCAAUGGAAAGUUAAUUCAUUAAAAUCGCCGGCUACGUCUCCGCGUAGAACCGACUUUCUUCGCGGCAAAUUAACGCCACCCUCCCUCCUCCCCCCCGCAAACGGUUCGCAAAGCGAUUUCUCUUUUCCGGGUUCGCUGGUUGAACGGUCGAAACGCAGGAAAGGCGGGGCGCGCGGUAGAAAAGACACGUGGCGCGUUCGCGCGAAAUUACACGGUUUUUUAACAACGGACGUCCCAGCCGAGGAAACGUGGAAAACGCGAAAGGAAACGCGAGCGAUAAUCCCGUUGCGAUCUCUUCUCUCGUUUCGCCUAACUCGUCGUUCCACCGAUUCCCAAGGUUCGCGAUUACGAAAGGUAAAUUUAAGAGAGGCGAAAAAGGAAGAGUGAUUAAAGGAGAAAAUGAAAUUAUCGAACGUUCACGGUUACGUUUCUUCGAAGCGACGUUCAUCGGCGAAUAUAAAUAUCUUCAAUCAAGAUUUUUUAAAUCGACGAAUAAUUCGUGUUAAAAUGUUAAACAAAUACUCGAUUAUCAUCGGCGGGAUUACGUUUCGCGCGAGAGUAUCCAAUAUCCUCCGUAAAAUUACGCGUUAUUAUCUUAAAAACUUUCGUUUCGGAUAAUAACGUAAUUUCUUCGAACGAAACUAAAAAGCUGUAAUGUAUCACGAUCUCUCUUUCUCUCUCUGUUUCUCGGCCGAGUAAAUGGAAUUCAGGUUACAUGGAGUGAAAAAAAAAGUUUCACCGCGAUAACGAGUGAGAAUACUUAAACGACUCCCUCCCCUUCUCGAAAGUGGAUUCCGCGUGAUACGUAGGUUGAUAAACAAGCCGAUACUCCUAGAUACCGCCGCGUCUCGGUGUCACCACUGUUCCAUCCAUCCGCGAUUGCGCAACGUUGGAACGAUAGCAAUUACGCGAGGCGACGAUCGCGCGUUUUAUCAUCAUUUCGAACGAACGCUCGGAAAUAUUUCGGGACGAAAAGGUCGCGUUCUCUUCGAGGUGUGCUCGAUCGACAGAGAGAGAGAAGCACACGGUGACUGUGUAAUCGCGUUCCCCGUUCCCGAGGGGCAAAGUGUUUAACUUGGAACGGCAUGUGUAUCGAGCGUGUGUCAGCUCGGUGUACGCGUGUCGCGUGCUUUUACAACAAGAAAACCCGCCAGCGGCCAACUUGCGUCGCAGCUGCGCGUUUCGAGCGCACGUAAGAGGAAGAAUAGCCUCGCAUAUAAACCGUUUUCAUAUGUAAAUCACCCCGGAUGAAUUUGAUAAAACUUCCUUUUCAACGCUACGGAUUUAAAUUUCGAAAAGCGAAUUCGAACAACGUGGAGGUGGGAAAAUCCGUGGAAACAGGUGAUCGUGAUGGUCAACGAUGUCGCACGUCGUCAUGGAUGUAAUUGGACGUUUCCGGUCGAGCGAAGGAAAAUAACGACGAGGACGACUUGGAUGUAGUCGAAUCGGGGAAUCGUCAUCGUCGCGACAGCUCGAAUGACGAGCGGUGAAAAAGUGGUUGAUCUCGGUGGCAAUAUGACCGACAGAAUUACGUAGUGGCGCGUGGCGUGUCAGACCAACUGACACGGGACUCCAAGUGCGUUCUCUUCGGAAUUUCGUUUCGGAAGCUGGAUCGAGGAGAUAUAUUGGUCGCGGAAUAUCCAGGACGCAGGCAUGUCGAGACGCGGGAAUUCGGGUCGUCGACUCGACGUAAAAUCAGCUGAUAUCGACUCGGUGUGAGGCGAGUCGACGUCGAGAAGAAGAGGAGACGAGGAGAAGAGAGGGAGGGAGAGAGAGAGAAAGAGGGAGGGGGGGAUAGAUCGAGAAAAAUGGAAGCAAGGAGAUUCGUGUUGGGAAGCGCUAUCCUCGGACUUUUUUGGAGCGGAUUGUUCAAGGGUGCCCUGACCAAUUCGAUGAACAGAUGCGACUAUCCUCCCUGCUCCUGCGAUUCUCACGGCAGGCUGACCUGCGACUGUAAAGAGGAAGGAGAGGAGCUGGUGUUAACCACGGACGGGGACAAAAGGUUGAGCCCGCACACGAGCAGGAUAGUGGUGAGCAAUUGCUCGUCCGUGAUCCUGGCCAACUCGAGCCUCGCCUCGAUGGUCGGUCUGCGCGCGAUCGACCUGAUCAACGUGGCGAACCUAACCCUGGUCAGGCAGAGUUUCGAGCUCUCCCCCCAAAGUACGCGCACGUGGAUCUCGGUGAGGAACUGCAGCAUCGACACGAUGCCCAGCUUCGUGUUCCGGGGGGACGUGGAGGCGAUCAUCCUGGAGAACGUGAGGAUCGGGCAGUUGAGCGCGUUCUCGUUCGCGAAUCUGGUGCACACGGAGAAACUGAGGCUGGAGAAUUGCCGUAUCGAGAGCAUAGAGGCGCAAGCGUUCAAGAAAUUCGACGUGGGCCACUUGCGAGUGAUCGGUACUAGGUUCGGGGACCAGGUGCCGAGCAGGACGAUGAACGACAUCGAGGUUUAUCACACGUUCAUGUUGGACGGUGUGAGAAUGGGCACGGUGAGGAGCGAGGCGUUCAUCGUGAGAAGCCCGCGGACAGUGGCGAUACAAAAUUGCAUGGUGGAGAGUUUGGAGAGCGAGGCGUUCGACGUGACCGCGAGGGGGCCGGUGAUCGUGAAGAACAACACUUUCGGCAGCCUCUCCAUAGGUGCUUUCCUCGGCGUACGGGCCGACGCCGAAGCGAGAACGCAGCCCGCCGCCUCUCUCCACGACCUUAUCUUUAAGAAUAACAGCGUGGUCAACUUCGAGGAGGGUUCGAUCAUGUUCGACCGAAACAGUUUCCGCCUCGAGCUCGACAACCUGUUGGUCGGUCGAUCGUGCGACUGUCGCAUGUUACCCGUGUGGAAGAACAAUAUCCUCAAUUACACCAACCUCUACUCCAGGUUUUACGUCAAACAAAAUACCGCCGCCUCCUCCCCCUCCUCCUCCUCCUCCCUCCUCCUACCAGCCCUCGCGUCGAGCCAAGACACCCCGAUCAACGAGACCCCGGAGACGUUCCUCUGCUACGACGGCGAAACGUCGGACGGCGUGUCGAUCAGUUUCGUCGAGUACGAGGCGCGACACUGCUCCCUGGGUGGGUCCGUGCUGGUGUUCGUCCUGAUCAUCGCGGCCCUCCUCCUCCUGACCAUACUGGUCGCCUGCCUGGUCGUGUGGUGCUGCAGGAGGCGACGCAGAAACAGCAGGAAGAAGUGGAUCAGCGUGCCGAUGAACGCGCCCGACGUCGUGUCGAAAAAGAACGGGGUGAUCGGCAGAGAGGCGGCCACCUCGGCCACGCCGGUCGACAGCCGGAUAACGAUGGUCGUGCCGGACGGGAGACUGUACAGGGAGACGGAGUUCCACGUGAUCGUGGAGAAGGCCGAGCCGUUGACCACGGAAUUGUAACGAGAAGCUUGGAACGGCUCGACAACGGCCACCAGGCCGAUGCCUCGAGUCGAGCGGUCCGACGCUUCGACCCGUUUUCGCGUCUACGAGCUGUGAAUCCACGACGUAUAACGAUUCCCACCAUCUAUGCGCCCAUCCAUCCCUUUUCCCGACUACGACGAGCGGACUACUCUCUCUCUCUCCAAACAACUUCACCUCCAAAAUUUUCCACUCGUCAACCAUCGUCGACUCGCGUCCCCGCGUUGACGAAGAAACAGAACGGGAGAUCUCGAAUCUCUCUCUCUGGUUUUCAAUUUAAUCCUCCUAGUACAAGCCAGUUCGUAAGCUUCCAUUCACAUAUCAAGAACGAGCAUCGAUUAUCCAUCCAACCCCCCUCGUUUCCUUUCCUUUUUCUUUCCGUCUUGUUUCCACCCGGUCGCGUACACUUAUCGCACCUCUCGCUGAUUAAAGAGUUUCCCUUUCGUUUCUUCUCGAGCACGAGCAGGUCGCGUGGAUGGAUAAUCGAUGCGCGUUGUUAGUUAAGUUUAAGCGCGUUAGUUAAGUAGCUUCCAAGAAAAAAAAAAGAAAAGGAAAAGAAAAGAGGGCCAGUGUCGUUUCGCGAGGAUCGAAGAUCGGCGGAGUAGCUUGGUCGAAGCGAUCAAGGGAGAGGAACGACGGGGAACGACGGACGAGACGAUGAAAGAAGAGGCAAGAGGCGAGUACAAAGGGGAGUGAUCUGAUAACUGAUAACGGACUCGGUGAGACUCGCGUUCGAGAUUUUCUUAUCGGCGAUCAUCCGUCGAACAAGCGUCGGAAAGAUGCGAUGAUCGCACGUUCGAUCGGAAAGCAGCGUGCCAUUCCAGUGUACAUUCGCGUGCUUCCGUUUAAAAACGGAGCGAGAGGCGGAAGAAGCGGAAUCUUAUUCGUCGAAGAAAAUUGUUCGAAGCGAAAAUUGUUCACUCCCUACACCACAAAAUUCUCCCUACGAGAAUUUUCAUCCAGAAUCCCUGUAUCAUAUUCCUCCUUCCAACUCUGAUCGCGUUUCUAAUCGUGCUUGUAACACAAUAAAAACUGAUAUUACCUGACACCCCUUGACAAUACGAGAUAAGAAGAAUAUCGAAGAAUGCGAAUAUAUCUGAAAUUAUUAUUACCGAGCGAGUGGAGAAGGACGAGAACGAUAACACAGACUUCUUGUAUACGCCCUAUACGUACCGUGAAACGAAAUCUACGCAAAUUUGUAUUCCGUUCCCGAACCGAGCGUGACAACAACUCUCACGAUCCUUCUCGAGUGUUCACAAAACUCUUUCUCGUUAAUUUAUUGUAUUAUUUCACUACGAUUUCAUGUUUAUUUAUGAGCUCUGGACUUUGCCUAUAAUAAAUUGUUGUUACUGUUAUCAUUCCGAUCGGUAUCUAAUUUUGACAAAUGCGCUACGAGGGAUUUUCCCCUCGACGAGCGUAAUCGAUUCGCCACGAGGGAAACCUCGUUCGCGUUUACGAAUUCGGCCGGUAAUCUCGAAAACGGGGGGGCUCCUCUCUCUCUCUCUCUCUAUCCAUCUAUCCAUCUUUCGGAGUAAUACGCGCAUAGCGUUUAGCGUAAAACCGCAACCGACUGCCGCCACUCGAGUAUCGUUCCGCGCUUUCGAGCUGCUUACGGUGAUUAAUAGACCCGAUAUAAUUCGUCCUCCCCUCCGUUUCAUCAAGGUAAGCCAUCGAGAUAUUUUACCCGUCGAACGAACCGACCACGAUCGAGUGAAAGGGAAGCUGAAAGGAAUUCGAGAAACGAGGAAACGUUGAGCAACAACGAGCAACGACGACAGAUUCGAAACUGUUUUUUAAAGUACAACGAGAAGCGCCGACCGCUUCGUACUCUCGCGUGUCGAGCUAUCUCGCGCACGUGUUAGCCAUGCAUUAUUGAUACACCCGCCAUUUCCUCUCUCCACGCAACGAGCCCCGUGCGGCAUCGUUUCGUUUUAUCCCCCAAGAGCAGCGAAGAGCAGAGAUCGAUCCUCCCGAGUUUGUUCGAGAUUGUUCAACGGCCUUCCCUUCGAACUCGCCUCGAAUUUUAUCGAGGCACGCCCAAUUCGAGAUCGCGCAUGAAAAAGUGGCGGAAGUGGGUGGCUACGAUAUUUCGUCUAACGGAAUCUCUCGUGUGUUCGCGCGCGUCUACGAUUAUCGUACUUGUGCGUCGGAAAAUUAACCAUUUCUAAGGACGUUUUAGUUGUAAUUAUCGUCAGACUGUGAUAUAACGACAGCCGAUUGUAUAAUUUAUUUUACAUUGAAAGAGACUUCGUACCAUCGAGAUAAUAAAAGAAAAAAAAAAAGAGAUAAUAAAGAACCAAGUUGAUGCAUACAG